GGGCGCUGCGUCACUGCUGCUCGGCUAAGGGGCUCGGGGCUGUCUGCCUGCUGGGGCUGGUGUCUGCAGCAUGGAGAAAGGACUGGUUGUUACUCAGCUGGAUGUCACACCUGGUGAGUGCAUCAAGGUCAAAGGGAAGAUCGAGGAUGAUGCUAAAGGGUUUGCUGUGAAUGUCGGGAAGGACAGCUACAACCUCAUGCUGCAUUUCAACCCUCGCUUUGACUGCCACGGGGAUGUCAACACCAUCGUGUGCAACUCCAAGGAGGAUGGCACAUGGGGGGAGGAGGACAGGAAGGCUGACUUUCCCUUCCAGCAGGGUGACAAGGUUGAGAUGUGCAUCUCCUUCGAUGAAACCGAGGCAACGGUGAAGCUGCCCGAGGCAGAGUUCAAGUUCCCAAAUCGGCUGGGCAUGGAGAAAAUUGAAUACCUGGCGGUGGAGGGUGACUUCAAAGUCAAAGCCAUUAAGUUCAGCUAACAGCUCUAGCUUGGUUUGUUUUGUUUUCUGCCCCCUGUGCAGUGAAAUAAACCAAAAUUUGCAAUGGCUGCUUCCUCUGCUGUUUCCUGCUCUAAUCUGCUUGCUCCUGUGUGUGCUACGGGGGUGGGCAGGGAGGGGAUUGUGCAUCCAGCCACUUUCCUCCUCACACUCCAGCCUUGCAGCUACUACUGAGCUAGACACGAGCCUGGCAAAGCCUGACUGACUGUGAGCGAAGCUGCCU